CCGGAAGGUUCGUGUUUCUUAUCGAGUUUUUGUGAGCUUUUUUGUGGAAAAACCUGUGAAAUAUGUUAGAUAUCAUCAUUAAAACAGCCAAUAAAGAUGACUUCACUGAGGCCGUUUUUUUGCUUGUGGAUUUCAUCGUUGAAGUGCCGCGGUCCCAACACACCCGGGAAAGGUUGGCCAAUUUGCUGAGACACCCGGCGGCUAGCGAGGAAUUGAAGACGCUUCUAAAGCACUUUGAAAAUCUCGUCCGCAACUAUUGUGUGGGAGAACUCGACGAUGAUCGCUUUCGGUCACAUUUCACGAAUCUUGCCCCGGACCAGCAGGACCGUGUGCUGGAGAUAGUGAAUCUGCGGAAACCGGAAAUAGCACAGAAACUGAUUGAUGAGGUAAAUCGGCGAGAGGGUGGGGUUCCGUUGGUGGAAUGGUUUGAUUGGAAUGUUAGCUGGGUGAUGGGAAGUAGCAGCUUGGCCUCGUUCCGCAAGCAACUGUGUACGGUUACGCUAGCUUGCCGGGAUGCUGAUGCGCGGUCCCGGACGCUUAGCUUCGAAAUGGAUAAAACGCAGGUUGAGGAAACUAUUCGUAAACUCGAACUGAUUGUAUGAUAGGCUGGUAAAUAGUUAAAAUAUGUUGCAUUCACAAUGUAUGAUCCAUUAUUUGCAAGUGAAAAUUAAUCGCCGAAGCGAAUGCUUCUAUUCCAAAAAAAUACGGACAGAAUGAUAGAAUAAUAAGGAAGAAGAUAAUAAUUAAGAAGUGUUUGUGAAGUGUUAAGUAGUGAGAGCAGUUUGUUCGUGUGGUCCAAUUACCGAGAUCAAAUCAACUUGCACGUGCUAUAAA